AUGUCUCGGGAACCUUCUGCGGAGAAAAAGAGAGCGUUACGGCUGACCGACAAUCCUAAAUCGAAGACAUCGAAACUUCUUGAUUUUGAUUCCGCCAAUCCGCUCUUAUACAAGGACCAGUCCAUCUCUAUCGAUGGGAAGUCUUCAUUCUCCACUCAGAACCUAUAUGUGUAUCAUGGGCUAACGUGCAAGAAGCCGGCCAUUGUCUCCAAGAAAACAGAUCUCAAAUAUAAGGUGAAGCUACUUCCGCGCCGUCAGAGGACUAGAACUGAUCCGUUGGAUGAUGAGGUGUAUGUGGGGUUCCAUCGCAGAAUGACUAAGGAAGAGAAGUCAAUGACAGGUUCGGACCGCACGAGGAUGUUGUUGGAGAUUGAAAACUUGAAGGAGCAACUUAGACUUAUUCAACAACAUGACUGGGCUCGCCACUUACCACGAAUUGUGAUGAUUCAAGACAGGAAAGAUAGCGAUGAGAUGGCACGCAAAAGAAAGCUCAUGGUUCAAGAGUUAAGAAGACUUUUGGGGAAGUUUGCCGAUUGGGAUGAACGCAAUGCUCGUUUGCUACGAGAUGCAAAGAAGUUCGAGCGUGGUACCAAUGCAAACAUUCGCUCUAACGGGCUUCAUGCCAGUGACGAUGAGUACGAAGAUUCAAGUGAUGAUAGUGACGAUGCCGAUGAAAACAUUCUUGCAGCAUCUCUAGAGAAGCUCAGAGAGAAACGAGAACUCAACAGGAGAACAAGAGGAGGCCAUUCUGUUCGGAUCUUCCUCCGAAAUGGUUACGACAUUCUUCAGGUGGGAGACCAUGUUCCACGCAUAGUCGAAUCCAAUAUGUACAUUAAUUAA